AGCUCGUCAGCUGUCUGUAUAGGUCCCAAUUUAACUCUGCUUGGUAUAGUAGAUUACAGUCGUGAGUUUGUUGAUAAUAUUUUAUUAGCUUGUUAUAAUAUAGUGUGUCAUCUCCUUUAUGUAAAGUCAGAAAGAAUCUGUAAAUAUGUAUCAAUCUGACUAUCGCAUUCAGUUUAAGUGUUUAUAUCUUUAACAUAAUUUGUGACUGAAGGCUUGGUAUUAAGGGCGCCUUAUUAGAGUUUUUCAAAAAGCCUAUAGCCUUAGUUGUCUUCAUUUAAUAGCUGUUCAACUUAGUGAAUCAGAGAUUCCACAAUGUCAGCUGGCACCAACCUCGUUGUGCCAGUAGUGCUGUGGGGCAAGACAGCCCCGACACAUUGUAUAUCUUGUGUGUUCUUGUCUAAAGACCAUCGCACACUGGUCACAGGAUGUCAUGAUGGGCAGAUUUGUCUUUGGCAGGUUGAACCAGACACUCUAAAGAUGACGCCACGCUGUUUAUUGGUUGGUCACACUGCACCGAUCUUGUGCUUGGCAAAGGCAAGCAUAAUAAUGGACAAUAACUACAUUGUCAGUUCCUCGGAAAGUGGGGAGAUGUGUACCUGGGACUUGGUGGACGGUAAAUGUAGAGAAGUGGUCAAACUGCCGUACGUACACACCAACAUGCAGGCAUACCUGAUGAAUGGCAAUGAGGAUGUCAAGCUGUUCUGUAACGGAUACUAUGCCGAGAUCCUGGUCAUGGAUCCAUUCAGUCUAGAGGUCAUUUUUUCACUCUCCUCCAAGGUCAACCCUGACUGGAUCAGUGCUUUGCAUGUCCUGCGUCCUGUUAAAAGGAAAGAUGAUGUGGUGCUGGCCCUGACUACCACGGGCACGGUGAAGGUGUGGACACUAAACGGUAGUGAGACCAAGUACUCAGAACCACUGUUUGAAGACGAAAGCAAGCAGAUCAAGUGUCUCAACGCCAUCACACUCACCUGCUGCAGUCAAAACCAGCGUACCGUCCUCAUCGUGUGCUCCAAGUAUUGGCAGAUUUAUGAUGCUGGAGACUUCUCCGUGCUGUGCUCUGUAAUAUCUCCCCGUGGGGAACGCUGGCUAGGUGGCCAGUUCCUGACCCCAGACAGGGUUCUGGUGUGGACAGACGAGGGGAAGGCCUACAUGUACAGGCUGCCAGCCAACAAACAACGAGGCAGGCCGCGGCAAGCUGGCAGUGUCGCAGAUAAUUUAGAGUUUCACAAGCAGUCUGAUAUCAAUGAUACUCCCUUCCUCUACUGUGUUCUAUCAGCAUCUAUUGAAAAGACAUUGUCAUGUCCACCGGCUAUCUUCUUCAUGGAAUCACAGCAGCACGGCAAGCUGCUGUUGAGGGGAGAUUCAGAAGGCAGCAUCAUGGUGUGGCAGGUGCCUGAAGUCACAGACACGCAGCUAGCGCAGAUUAAGCAGGGGAAUACAGACAAGCCCACCAGUAUGGGUCCGAAGAUGGAGACUAGCCUGACAGCGGCCUGGGCUAAUAUGAAGCCCCCUCCUGUGGGCAUACUAGAUCAGUUGGAUUGCGGGGAGAUAGCUGGUAUCAAGCUGAUGGCGAGCAUCUACUUGCCCCAGCAGAGCAGGCUGGUAGUGGGUCGCCAAGACGGCUCUAUCAUCAUCGUGCCGGCGACACAGACCGUCAUGCUGCAGUUGCUGCAUGGCAGUCACCAGCAGUACGAUGAUUGGCCACCGCAUCAAGUACUCUUAGGCCAUGCGGGGAGGGUGAACUGCCUUCUGUACCCUCACCACACAAAUCCCCGGUAUGACAAGGCCCACCUGGUGUCCGGGGGUGUGGACUUUGCAGUGUGUUUGUGGGACCUGUACGCUGGUACAUUGCUACACCGCUUCUGUGUGCAUGCAGGCGAGAUCAUGCAACUGCUCGUGCCACCCAACACAUGCAGCGUGCGAGUGGGCAAGUGUAUCUGCUCAGUGGCUAGUGAUCACUCAGUGACCCUGUUGAGCCUUACUGAGCGCAAGUGUAUAGUCCUGGCCUCUCGUCACCUGUUCCCAGUGGUCACCAUCAAGUGGCGGCCACUCGAUGACUUCAUGAUCGUUGGUUGUUCGGAUAGCACAGUUUAUGUCUGGCAGAUGGAAACUGGUCAUCUGGACAGAGUGCUCCAUGGGAUCAGUGCCGAGGAGGUGUUGUACGCCUGCGACGAGACAACGUCCAUCACAAAUCCUGGAGAAUCAGGGCUUGCCAAUCCUGCUGUGCACUUCCUGCGUGGUCUCCGACACCGCAACAUGUCGGCCAUCAGGCAUGCAACUCAGAGAGGACUACACCAGCUCCAGCAGCUGAGCCACCACAGCAACCAAGAUGGGAUUGACCACCAGAAAUCCCGGGCAUUCCCGCUCAUGAUUCAGGGCCUCCGGACCAAUCCCAAGGAUCCAGAGAGCCAUAUCCUCUGCUUUGACAUUGAGGCCCUUAUAGUCCAACUGUUGAAUGAGGAGUACAGUGCCAUGUCUCCAGGCACGUUGGAAGCUCAAGGCCUCAUCAACUCUUCUGAAUAUUUGAAAGUGGCAGCUCUCACACAGUCGGCUUCUCCUGACGCUCACAAGAAAAUUGCUGAUUUCUUUGGCAAGGUCAAGGAUAAAGCUGGAGACAUGGAAAGGAUUCUUAAAGAGAAAGACAAGCAUGGUGUGUUGGCUAAACUGAAGGAAGGAGCUGAGAACGUCCAGACGAAACUACAAGCCAAGGCCGAGAGUGUAGGCUUCCGUCCCAUCAAUGUAGAAGGAGGAACUAGAGGUAAUGGAGGAGAGUUCAGCCAUAAGAAGGUUUGUGAGGCUAAUCUCACUAUGGAGAUAGCACAGCUGCUGCUGUCACUGCUACACGCCUGGGGGCUGGACCCUGACCUGGAUCUGGUGUGUGAGGGGAAGCUGGGACUGCUGAGACCCAUGGUACCUGUUUCCUUCGGUGUCCUCUCCAAGGGAGGGUACAUGAGUCUGCUGCUGCCCACAUGGCAGCCAUACAAGGCAGAAAUGGGUAAGGAUGCAGCGAGUGCACUAGAGGCCAACCUCCCGAAGGAAAUGGUGGAGUUGGAGCGGGCGACACGCACCUUCACGGCACAGACCCACUGGGAGCUGAGUACCACGCUGACUACCAACCAUCUGCUGGCCAUCAUCGCACUGGCCAACACACUCAUGUCCAUGAACAACGCUUCCUUUGUCGCCGAGCAGGAGCGUAACCGCAAGUUGCAAAGCUCUCUAUGGAAGUACGUUAGGGCAAAAAUGACAUCUACCGCUGCCCUUGAAAAAACGUUUGUAAGGACACAAGGGAACCGGUCUGUGCUGAGCUGGAAGCCCGAUGAGGCUGCUGAAGACCUGAUAACAGCACAGCAAGCCCAGAUCAAGCAGGGCUGGUCACUUCUGGCCACUCUGCACUGUGUCCUGCUCCCCGACAAAGUGGUGCAGAAAGGCUCCAAGACCUUCAAGAGACCUCAAAUCGAGAUGAUGGCCCGCCGUUGGCAACACCACUGCCUCGAGGUUAGAGAAGCGGCCCAGGCACUGUUGCUGGCCGAGCUCGGUCGUAUCGGACCUAAGGGGCGCAAAGCACUAGUGGACAGCUGGGCCCAAUACUUACCGCAGUUCAGCAAUGCUGAGAUUAAUGCUCCUUCCCAGCCCCCAGCCACACAACAGGGUCAGCCCAUAAAUCAGGAACAGCAAGCUGUCACUCAUGAGGAGGAGGAAGAGGAAGAAGAAGAAGGCGUAGAAGGUGACCAUCACUCCCCCACGCUAUGGACAGUCCACUGGGAAACGACGGAUGGUCAAAGCAAAGUUCUUAUCAGUGUUGCGAAUAACGAAGUGGACGAGCUUUGUGUUCGCAAGCCGUCGUCAGCCGCGGAGAUGAAACGCAAGCAGACGACAGCGGUGGUGCUG